GACUACGUCAGCGGAAGUAUUUUGAGCGAACAUAAGCUAGGUCACAUUGGUUCAGUUUUGUAAUGUUUUGAGAAACGCAACCGUAAUGGAAGCAGCUAAAGCAGAGGAGAUCCAACUGAGGCAUGUGGAGACAGAUGUCCUCAUCCCCAAAAUGAUGAGGGAGAAAGCCAAGGAGCGCUGCGCUGAGAAAGUUGAAGCCUUCAACCACUGUUGCAAAGAAUCUGGUUUCUUCAUGGUGUUGAAGUGUCGAGAAGAGAAUUCAGCCCUGAAGGACUGUCUGACGCUACACUACAAGGACCCUGCCUUCUUCGAGGAGUGUAAGCAGGAAUACAUCCAAGAGAAACUCGAGUUUCAGAGGACGGGGAUCCCAGCUAAGAACAGGAAACAAAAACUCCCGACCAGCAUGUAACAAAUAGAUGAUACCUAAACAACUUGGCUCACAAGGUGUGGAGCACGAGGCUCUGUCCAGAGCAAGUACCAAGUCCUGCAGGAUACAUGCAGGUGAUCUGGCAGAGUUUAUUACUAAUAAAGCCACAAGCUUGUUGACUUGUUUGGGGUUAAGUCUGUGGGAUUUGUGACUGAAACCUAUCUGUGUGUUCAAGAGUGAUAUUUAAUCAAGACAGUGUAUAUUUUUUAAAAUAUCAUGUACAUUUGCAAAACAUUGUCCAUCAGAGGGCCACAGAUGUUCCAUUCAGAUUAUUCAAAAGCAGGAAUGCACAUGGUGACGCUACAUCUACAAGACAUUUAUGAAUGACAGAAUAUACAGAAAGAUCUGAUCAAGGUACAGUGACCUCCUGAGUGUGUUGUGCUUUAGCUUUGGAAGUGUGCAGUCAUAACAUGUCUUUAAAUUGUACGUGCAAUGACAGCACAAGCGAUAAUGAAGAGUCUGUUUUGUCCCUGUUGCUAUGUGUCACAGCUUGGAAUAUUAUUUGCAGAAGAAAGAGUACAUUAACACACAAAGGACCUGUAAAAAGUUAGAGACUUGUACAGUGUAUGUAAGCCUCUGACAAAGCAGUGAAACUGAACAGUGUGAUUGUGUGAAAUAUGCAAAUAAAUGUCACAUUGUAAAUAUUCA